CCAUUGUCCUCCGGCUCCGCCCUCCACUGGCCACGCCCCUUGUCCCAUCCUCCGCCUCUUAUUGGCUGCAGGUCACGCCCCUCCUCUAUCUCCCCGUCCCCAUUGGCUCCCCUUCCACGUUACCUUCUCCGGGAGUUUUUUAUUGGCGCAGGCCACACCCUCUCAUUUGUCGCCAGACUCCGCCUAGUGCCCGGGCUCCUCCCCAGUCAUCUUUCAUUCAUUCCUCAUGUAGUGUUGGGUGCUUGGGACAUGGGGGUCAGUCAGACCUGUCCCUGCCCUCAGGGAGUUAAGGGGGUGGUGAGGAAACACGGAUCUGGGCUCCGACAGUGACAGCUUAGGGUGGUAAAGGAGCCGCCCAGACACUGGGAGCCUCCAAGACGCCAGGAAGGCCUCCCGGAGGAGGUAAAGAUGUUGAAUUGAUAACUGGCAACACCAGUCUGAAGUUUAUAGAAGUCUGGGCUGAUGUAUUUGAAACAUGAAAGCAGAUGAAAUCACUCUGGGAGACAGAAAUAACAGCAUGUAUUUAUGCUGAUGGAAAGAAUCCAGUAGAGAGGAAGAGAUUGAUGGCGUUGGAGAAAUGCUGGAAUUGUGGCCCUGAGCAGGCAGAGGAGUUCAAAGUCUGGAGCCUUCAGACAGUCUCUGGGGAGAGACUGGCUUGUUCUGAGCCCUAGUACAGAGCAAGGGGUGAACAUGCCAACGCUGGCCUGGGAUGACCACUAGAAAGAGGCCUCUGAUAGGAGACAGACCAGGAAUUGGCUUGAAUUUGCUCAAGUCUCCCUCUGCUCCCCAAAAGCUGAUCCUAAUUUGGAUUUGAACAGAUGACCCAGAGGAGAGAGGACGCAUUCCAGGUGGAGGAAGUAACAUAAUCAAGGGACAUGCAGGCCCCCGACCUGACUGAGGCCAACUGGGGUGGAGGAGGUGGUGGAGCUAGAUGGGAUGCGAGGGGUGAGACCGAGAAAAUGCCAUAGGCGGAAGGCAGGUUGAAGGUAGUGAGGCCCCCUCAGCUGUCCUCCCGGCAGCUGGGGCUACGCCACCAGGUCUCAGUCUAGGUGGGCGCUGAGCACGAGUUGGGGCUCGGGCCUUGCUCUCGGCAGCUCAUAGGCUAAGGGGAUUCCAGAACCACCAUCUAGAAGUCGACAGUGUGGGGAGUUGGAGUGACCCGGCUGGAUGUGACCCCCAGGACAGAAUGGUGCUGGACUCAGGGGCUCAGUUCGAGUACCAGGAACCCAUGCCCACGGCUGUGCUGGAGAAGUACUGUGAAGCUUCUGGACAGUUCAUCCAUCAGGCAGUUGGCAUCAUUGAGGCGGUCCUGGAGAAGUUUGGUACCUAUGAACACUUUGAGGCUGCAACGGGGGGCCAGCUGCUGACCAAGUGCCAGAUCUGGUCCAUUGUGCGCAAAUACAUGCAGAAAGAGGGCUGCGUCGGGGAGGUUGUGGUGCAGCUGAGUGAAGACCUGCUGUCCCAGGCAGUGAUGAUGGUGGAGAACAGCCGACCAACACUGGCCAUCAACCUGACUGGAGCCCGCCAGUAUUGGUUGGAGGGCAUGCUGCGGCACGAGAUAGGCACUCACUACCUGCGGGGCGUGAACAACGCGCGGCAGCCGUGGCACAGCGCGGAAGGCCGCCUGCAGUACGGGCUGCGGCCCGCGAACCCCACCGAGGAGGGCUUGGCCAGCCUGCACAGCGUGCUCUUCCGCAAGCAGCCCUUUCUGUGGCGCGCCGCCCUGCUGUACUACACCAUCCACCGUGCCUCGCGCAUGUCCUUCCGCCAGCUCUUCCAGGACCUGGCGCGCUACGUGCAGGACGCGGACGUGCGCUGGGAGUACUGCGUGCGUGCCAAGCGCGGCCAGACAGACACCUCGCUGCCCGGCUGCUUCAGCAAGGAUCAGGUGUACCUGGAUGGCAUCGUGCGCAUUUUGCGGCACCGCCAGACCAUCGACUUCCCGUUGCUGACCUCACUGGGCAAGGUGUCCUAUGAGGAUGUAGACCAUCUGCGGCCCCAUGGGGUGCUGGACAAUACCCGGGUGCCCCACUUCAUGCAGGACUUGGCGCGCUACCGGCAGCAGCUGGAACACAUCAUGGCCACCAACCGGCUGGAUGAAGCAGAACUGGGCCGCUUGCUGCCUGACUGAUGCUGGUGGAUGGCUCCAGGCAGAGGCCUUGGGCGGAGGGCUCUGGAACAGCUCCCAGAACAUGAAGCUGACUGUUCUGUGCUUCCAUGGCCUGGGUGUUUCUUGGGGAAUGGGAGGGCAGGAGCAUCCCAGGAAGUAGGAGUGGCAGCAUCAGAGGGUUGAUGUCCUUUGCUAGCCUCCCUGGGGCCUAGGGACCAGUAGUAGCAUGCCAAGCAAACUGAGUUGGCCCUCCUACCUCCAGCUCUCUGUUGAGCAGAGGGGAAGCCUGGGCAGGAGGGAGGCCGAGCAUGAUGGGGAUGGGGGGUGGUUUGGGAGUAGAAACUUUUUCUUGCAUGAGAUGGCUUUGGGUGUCUGCAUACUCCAGUCUCUCCCUUCCCCCACCUGGCCCCUUGGUGCUCCUUCAGCUUUCACGCUGUCUACCUCUCACUGGGUCCUGGUGGGGAUCUCCUUUCUCCUGGGGUGACUGCCUGAGCCUGAGGGCCUGGCUUUCACACAGACUCAAGGGGCAGGGGUCCUGGUGGUAGAGACCCAGCUGGGCUGGGGGUGCUUUCUAGCAUUUUGCCUCUCCCACUGGUCAUGUAUUUAUUCCCUAUCUAUGUGCUCUGCUUCCUGGGACUGGGAGGCAGCAGCUUCUGAAGGUAUGGUGGAGGGAACAGAGCUCCUCUGGAAGGCACCACCUGUUCCUAACCUCACUCUCAUCUCUCUUUCUCUCUCUCUCUCUCUCUUUCACACACACACACACACACACACACACACACACAAUCCUUUAGGCUUUGUGAGUCAAGCCUAAGAGCUCACCUGGCCUUGCCUCCAGCCCGUCCACUGACCUGUGCUGUUGCUGUCUUUGCCCGCACCCUCACAGCUGGUCUCUGGCAGAGGGUGGCAUAGGCUGGCAGCAGCCACACUUCAACCUGAGGGGCAGGCCCCUUGCUGGUGUGUCAAGUCCUGCGCCCCUCCUGGGUCAGGAGGGUGUAGAGGUGGCUGUUGCUUCAUUUCAUGUCAGACUCAGCUGUGUGAUGUUGACCCAUUCCCACUCACCCUUGCCCUUGGUUUUCCCAUCUGUAAAACUUAGAAAGGCAACUGGAAAGUCCUUUUUCAUUUAGUCAGUGAUUUUGUGUAGAGCACCUUCUAUAUGCCAGUUACUGGUCAGAACCCUCAGUGAGUUCCCAGUCUAGAGAGAAGCCAGACAAUUAAAACAAUUACAAUGAA